UUUUUUGGCGAAUGGAAGAGUGGACAGAAAACUUUCGGCCCUCUUCGAUACGCAGCGUGUCCAUAGUUAUUCCAAAAGGUCGGGCCCCUCGCGACGAUCUCGCCGACUUUCAGUUUUCUACGAAAAGUCUUGUUGAUUGUAGCAGAGACUUCAUAGUCCAAGGUGAGCUGCUGACUUACUAUCUUAUCAUCGAAUUUAAGAAGCUGAAGAAGUUCAUUCAAACCGAAUGCGUACAGACCAAAGAUUUGCGUGCUAGCAUUUUGCCCAUUCUCGAAAACAUCCGUUUUUCCCCGAAGUUCGUUGAGCGCAAGGAAGGCCAGCGCGACAAGGAGUUGGUCUAUCAUGGGGAUCGAAGCUUUUGCGUGGUGAUGCACCUCAGCGAAGUCUUCGCCAAUUCUACAACCGAUGAGCCCACGGAGAGCGACUCAGGCGCCGUAGAUGCUCGGCCCGUAGAGGAGUCGCCUGCACCUGCGGACCCGUACAAUGCAAUGAAAACGGACGAAUUUUACAUUUCGUCUGAGGGUCAGUUUUUGUACCGUUUCCAGACCAUCGUCAACCUUCCAGACGAGGCAGUUAAUUCUGCUGUUACGUUAGAGGUGGAAAUCAUGUUCCAACCGAUGGACCGUUCUUCGUCGCUGCUCGGCAGCAUUUUCGAGCAGAGAGAUUGUUACGUGACAACGACGUCGACUCAGGCCAGGCUCGUAGAUCCCCUCAAGGCGAAGACGGUGUGCGAUGCCCAAAAUGUUGUCCAGUAUUGCAGCGUGUUUUUGGAGAACACGUUUGUAGAGCCCAUUGAGAUUAGCAGUCUUGACUUCAAUCUUUCCGGCGCUCGACAUAGCAGAGAACCGGACGCUGACUUGGAAAAGUUGUUUCAGAUAGAAUUCGUGAGCCGAGACGCGUCGCCGAUUCUGCUGCACCCGAGAGAGGUGUAUUGCGUGGUGAUUAGGAUGGCCUCGUCGCUAUCGGCGAGGCAGAGGGAGGUGAUGGAGGCGGGCAAACAGAACGCCUUUCCGCUGUUGUUUGUCACUUGGAGAAUGCCAGCGGUGUCUACUUACUUGUGCUCGAGGCUGCAGGUCCUGUUUUUCAGGUCGACGGUGGAGCAGAUGUUCGUUGCGCUUCAAGUGUCGCGGUUGCCGGUGACGGUGAACACGUUGUUUAGCAUUUACGUGAGGGUGUCCAAUUUGGCGAAUUACGCAAGGUCGAUUGCGGUGGAGUUGUGCUUAGAGGAGGCGAGCACGGAGUUCGCGUCGUCGGGGAGACUGGCGCAGAAGGGAACGGAGGAGAGUUGCAAGGCGUUGGAGUUGUACCAGCGGGGGUCGAGCAAGUCGUUAGGGAUUGUGUGUUCGGAGAAGGUGAUGUACUUGGGCAGAGCGGCGGCGAACACGGAGUUGAGGGGGGAGUUUCGGUGCAUAGCGACGAGCGUUGGGCAUUUCAGGGUGGAGGAGAUUUACGUGAUAGACAAUGAGUCCAGGAACAGGGUGAGGGUGAAUUUGGAGGUGUUGGUGGUGCCUUGAUGUGUGUGUGUGUGUAUAUAUGUGUGUACAUGAGGAAAAAAUAAUUGUUCAGCCGGUGUUGGGCGGUAUUUUGAUUUUGCUGGGUGGACUUGCGAGGUGACACAAAGAUGAUGAAUUUGCGGAUGUUGGCGGAGAGUCGGGUGAGGUUGGGGUUGGAGCCCGGGGUGGAGGUGGUCCGGUUUUGCGUGGUGCCUAGGUUGGAGUGGGUGUAUGUGGUGACGAGUGAC